AUGGGGUACGCUUUAAACCAACCAACAUUUCAACAUUAUCAGAAUGAAAUUGACAUGGCUAAUGGUGAUGCUUUAAGGGGAUCACUAUUUGCUGAAAGGGGUUCAAAGUGGAAUGCAGUUUUGAAAUUUUGGCAAAUAUUUACUGACAAUUGUAUUAAUGUGAUGAAAGAAGAAACAGCAAAAUCCAACAUGCAUCAGGAAGCACUUACUAUUGAGAGUUGUUUUGAACCUUUUAUUGGGCAAUGUUUUCUAAGUGAGAAAAAAGCUUUUGGAUUUUAUGAGAAUUAUGCCAAAAUGAGCGGGUUCUCGAUCUGGAAAGGAUUUCCAGAAAAGAAAAUUUAUGAUCCAUCUAAAGAACAUAGAAAUAGACAAUCUUCAAGAUGUGAAUGCAAAGCGGGCAUGACAAUCAAAUUGAAGAAAUCCUUUGAUAUUUUUCCAAAAGAAUGGCAGGUUAUUGAACUUAUAUCCAACCACAAUCAUGAUUUACUACCUUUAGAUCAAGUGUGCUUCCUUGCAUCUUACCGCAACAUAUCCAAGGAAGAUGAAAAGCAAAUUUUGUUAUUAAAAGAAGUUGAUCUUUCAGUCAAGAAAAUAAUGUGUGUUAUUGAGCUUGAGAAAAAUGUAAAGCAUGGAGAUCUUCCAUUUCUUCGGAAAUAUAUUCGUAAUUUCUUCAAUAAGAUUCACCAAGAUAAGUUGGAUGGUGAUGCUAAUGAUCUUUUACAAUUUUGUAAGUGUGCCAAGGAUGAAAACUCUUGCUUCCAAUUUGCAUUCACUGUUGAUAAAGAAGAGAAACUAGAGAAUAUAUUUUGGUCUCCACCUCAUUGCUUUGAAUUGUACCAAAAGUAUGGAGAUGUUGUUGCAUUUGAUACUACUUACAAGACUUUUCUUACUCUCCACAUUACUGCUAAAUUUAGUGGUUGGUUUACUUCAAUUCUUCGAAAUCGAUAUUCAUCAUGGUGUGCUGAUUUUUAUAAGCUUGACAAUAUUGAUGAUUUUGAAGAAGAAUGGUUUAUAAUUGUUUCCAAGUACAAUCUAGAAGCAAACAAGCAUAUAAAAGGCUUGUAUGAAGUUAAGCAAUAUUGGGUACCGGCUUAUCUUCGUGGAUAUUUCUUUGGGGGUAUGAUAACAACGGGAAGAUCAGAGAGUAUAAAUGGGUUUGUGAAACGCUUUACUUCAUCUCGUUCAUGUGCUUUUACUUUACGUGCUUUUGAACUAUUUCAAUGUUAUCAUUUGUUUACAUAUGAGUCAAAUUCUAUUUCAGUAUCUGAUAAAGAUAUACAAGAGUUCAGAUUUUGA